GUUUUCUAAGUGGGUCAAGCACAGUCAGUCGCACUGCGCAGGCGCAGCUUGUGGGCUGUCAGUGCCAUAGCAACCGGAGCAGACAUCCAUCGUCAACAUGGCCAAAGCAGUGACUGUCAAGGAAGCCCUGGCUAAGUGGGAGGAGAAGUCAGGAGAGAAAGUGAGCGAGGCUAAAGCCAUAAAACUCUAUGGUCAGGUUCCACCGAUAGAGAAGAUGGAUGCUUCUCUUACCUCACUCACCAACUGCGAGAAGCUGUCUCUUUCAACAAACUGCAUUGAAAAAAUCACUAAUCUCAACGGCCUGAAGAACCUGAGGAUAUUAUCACUAGGAAGGAAUAAUAUAAAGGUUCUCACUGGGCUGGAAGCAGUUGGGGACACGUUAGAAGAACUGUGGAUCUCUUAUAAUUUGAUAGAGAAACUGAAGGGAAUCCAGUGCAUGAAGAACCUGAAAGUCCUCUACAUGUCCAACAACCUGGUCAAAGACUGGGGAGAGUUUGUGAGGCUGGCUGACCUGCCGUGCCUCGCUGAUCUAGUGUUUGUUGGAAACCCUCUGGAGGAGAAGCAUUCAGCUGAGGGAACCUGGAUGGAUGAAGCCUGUAAGCGACUUCCCAAUCUGAAGAAACUAGACGGAACCCCAGUAAUCAAACAGGAAGAGGACGAAGCAGAGGGAGAGAGCUGAGAAGCCUUAAUGUCUGAAACAUUCCAACCUCUUUCCUGAAGAGUCUUCCUUUUUUUAAGUGUUCUAUGGUUUAUCAUGGUGCUUUUCUUUGUAGAGAAUUAUUUUUUACACCAAACUUUGUUGAAAAUCAACAAGCACAAAAUAACCAACAAAUGCAAAAUGUUUGACAAUUGAAAAGGUCUUUUACAUUAACAAUACAGGCCUUGUGGGUUUGGGACCAGGAUGGGGGUUUGAUGAGGUCUUAGAAAUGAAACCAAAUGAGCACAUUUCCCUAAUUCUGUUUACAGCAUUAGGACUUUUUACUGUCACACUGUGAAGGAUGUUGAAGGUAAUAUGAACUUUUCUCGAUGCCUGAAAAUUGACUGUGGUGGUACAGGGCUGAGAAUAGCCAAUGACUCUGUGUUGUUCUUACCAGGAGAAUUACAAUCUAUCAUUCUAUCAUUCUCAGAUAGCAGUCAGCGGUAGCCUUAGAACAGGAGGUCACAUUAAAGGCAGCUAUCUCUCUCAUUGGGGAAUAAAAGGACCGUCUCUAGAUAAGUUGCAGCAACCGUUGGGCUAAACUUGUACGACCAAAAUUUAUCCACAGCUGUUUGGUACUGUGCUGUUAAAGAUCUUUCUGGAAAUAGGUUAUUGAGGUAGUUAAAGUCUAAACUUUAUUUUUCUUUGAAUUACAUGUAAAAGAAGAAAACAGUUAUUUUUUGCAGCUAGGAUUUGGAGCUAAAGUUUCCACAACGUUCCAGUUCUGGUGAAUGCACGUAGCUUUCCUUCCUCAUACUACGUCUGUGUACAUUGAUUUUUAUGUUUUAAAUUAUUUUUUGGCAUGUUUGUACAUGUAAUUUUUGGAUGUUUAUGAUUUUUAAUGAUUUUGAUAUUUUGAAUAAAUACUAUUAUUAUAACAUUU